ACCACACAAAAAUUAUAAAUAGACUGUUACAUUUUCGCAAUAAUUGUGAAUAGAUUAUCAGCUGUGAAUAGCUAAUGCAAGCAGAAGAAGCAAAAGUUCUGAUUGAAGCAUGGUCGCUGCUGUUACCGCAUAGGUAUGUCCCUAUCCGAAGGAGCUAUUGUGAAAAUGAUAUCGUCAGCCAAAUCUAUUAAUUUGCGUGCAAUUCGCCAGUUAUCAAAUCGUGCCAUCAAUUACUAUGCGGAAGAAUGUUUGGCUUUGGGUUCAAUGAAACAACGGCGCUUCGCAAGCGGCUUGAUAGGACGUGGAAAAACAAUGUCGAAAUUGUUAUUGACAGCAAUACCAAAUCAGCUGCAGCGAUGUGAGAUCCAUACGAGUAAUGUUUUGACGGCCAAAGACUAUUAUCAAAUCUUGGGAGUAGCUAAGAAUGCCAAUUCGAAAGACAUAAAAAAAGCAUACUACCAGCUUGCUAAGAAAUAUCACCCGGACACAAACAAGAGUGAUCCAGAUGCAGGAAAAAAGUUUCAAGAGGUAUCUGAGGCGUACGAAGUUCUUAGUGAUGAUACUAAGAGACGUGAAUAUGACACAUAUGGUCAAACAUCUGAAAAUAUGGGAAGAGCUGGAGGAUUUGGGGGGCAGGGCCCGCAAGGUUUUUCACAAAAUUGGCAUUUCCGAUCCACCAUUGAUCCAGAGGAGUUAUUCCGCAAAAUAUUUGGAGAAGCAAACUUUCGAAGCAAUAGUUUUGAUGACUUUGCUGAUUCGAAAUUUGGCUUCGGUGCCGCACAGGAAAUUGUAAUGGAUUUGACAUUCGCCCAAGCAGCAAGAGGUGUUAAUAAGGAUGUAAACGUUAAUGUUGUGGAUACUUGUGCAAAGUGUAAUGGCAGCAAGUGUGAACCUGGUACAAAACCUGGUCGCUGUCAAUACUGUAAUGGCACAGGAAUGGAAACAAUUUCGACAGGUCCAUUUGUAAUGAGAUCUACUUGCCGUUAUUGCCAAGGUACACGUCAGUAUAUUAAAUAUCCUUGUACUGAGUGUGACGGUAAAGGUCAGACAGUACAACGAAAGAAAGUAACAGUACCAGUGCCAGCAGGUAUCGAAAACGGUCAAACGGUGCGGAUGCAGGUUGGACGUAAAGAGCUUUUCGUAACUUUUCGCGUUGAACCGAGUAAAUAUUUUAAACGUGAGGGAGCUGAUGUUCAUACAGAAGCAGCGAUAUCAAUAGCACAGGCUGUUCUUGGCGGUACUAUACGGGUACAAGGUGUUUACGAGGAUCAAUGGAUCAACAUACCAUCCGGUACGUCAUCACAUCACAAAGUGUUUCUGCGAGGAAAGGGACUGAAACGCGUAAAUGCCCAUGGUCAUGGUGAUCAUUAUAUAAAUAUAAAAAUAGAUGUACCCAAACAUCUUACAUCCGAACAAAAGGCGCUGAUGGAAGCAUACGCAGAGUUGGAAACAGAUACACCGGGCCAGAUCAAUGGAAUUACGCGACAAAAAGAUAACACGAAAAAGUCUACAACAGCGGACACCCCGACAACGUUCCUAUCGAAAAUUAAAUCGCUCUUUAGCAGAUAAUAUAAGAGAUCGACGCGUGUGUAUUCUUGGUAGGGAUUAAUGAGGACAUUUGUGUUAGGAACGACUCGGUCGAACACAUAUUUGAAUGCUUUAUCGUUUUAGUUAGUUAAUAGACAAACAAUACCGAAGUAAAAUAAAUCAUAAUAUAUGUGUAUGUAUAUUAGUCGUAAUGAAUGAAAUAUAAGCUGUUUUCUUAAUCUGUGAAAUGGGUUUAACUGUGAAUAAAUGGGGUUAAUUAUAUUGUUAUUAAUAAAUAAAAUGCUUCUUGUACGAAAUUGA